GACAAAAUGGCGGAAGUAACACCCUAUGCCGAUGAAUGGAAACAGCUAAAUAUUCCUAUUCAAGAUGCCGAUACUUUGCGACAAGAAGCCGUAGAAGCUCACCAUGAACAUUUAAUCACUGAAAUCGAAACUUCUGAAGGGCCUUUAGCAACUACUUUAAGAGCAGUAUAUGAUGGAGAGGAUAUCGAAUAUUUUAUGGAAAAGCUGGAUGCUCGCAUCAAAGGCCAUGACCAUGAAAUUGAACGUAUGUGUAACUAUCAUUAUCAAGGCUUCAUUGACUCCAUCAGGGAAUUGCAGCAAGUUAGUGGAGAUGCUACUAAACUGAAAGAUGAAAUAGAAGGUUUGAACAGAGAGCUUCAGCAUUCCUGUGAUCCACUGUUAAACAAGGGCCAUCAACUGGUCAGAUGUCGCAGAGUUCAAAAGAAUGUGACCUUAGCUAUAGAGAGUUUAACACAUUGUCUACCAGUUUUAGAAAUGUAUGGAAAGCUACAAGAACAAAUGAAGUGCAAAAGAUAUUACCCUGCUUUAAAAACUCUGGAACAACUGGAGCACACUUACCUCCCUAGAGUCAUCAACCACUGGUUCUCUCAGACAAUGGCUGAAGCCAUCCCCAGGCUUCGCCAGCGUAUCAAAGAAGCUUCUAUGACUGAACUUAAAGACUUCCUUGAGAGCAUUCGCAAACACUCGGCAAAGAUUGGGGAAGUUGCAAUGAAGCAUGCUGCUGAACAAAACAAUAUGGAUCCACAAAUAGCCAGGAAGAAAAUCAAAUCCCGUAGAGCACCACCUCCACCAAAUCCUUUUACAGGGGAAGUAGAAGCUGUGAUAGAAGUUAAUAAUGAUGUUGAAUACAAAGAAGAGGAACUUAGUGCACAAGACCUUGUAGACUUUUCACCAGUUUACAGGUGUCUCCACAUUUAUUCAUUGCUGGGUGAUAAGGAAAAGUUUGAAACCUAUUACAGAGCACAACGAUGGAAGCAAGCUCGGCUGUCUUUACAGCCACCACCAAAUAUGCACGAAAGUCUAGAUUUAUUCAAGAAAUAUUUCCAUGAUAUUGUUGGUUUUUUUGUGGUGGAGGAUCACAUCCUCCACACCACCCACGGCCUGGUGACCAGGUCACACAUGGAUGAACUGUGGGAGAAAGCUGUAGAAAAACUCUGUGCUACGCUACGAUCAACUUCGUUUACUUUCCAGGAAAAACCUGAUAAUUCUGGUGAUGCCAAUUCUAUGAAGGAAUUAACUAGCUAUGAGCAAUCUUGUAAAGCUGCAAACUUGAUGUUGGAAGUCAAAAAGUUGAUUGUUUUAUUUUGUCAUACACUGAAGGGAUAUGGUUUUAGUGUGGGAAGACUGUUGGAACUUCUACUAGAAAUGAGGGAUCGCUACAGCGUCAUCUUGUCUGAACAGUGGGUGGAUGUGUUUGCUGCCAUCUUUGCUGAAGAUAAUUACACGCCAAUUUAUUGCAUGGAAGCUGAAGAAUACACUGUCAUUUCCAGUCAGUUUCCAUACAGGGAUAAAGAUUUAGAAGAGGCUGCCUUCCCUCGACAAUUCCCCUUCUCCCAGUUUGUGCCUAGUAUUUAUGUACAAGUUAAGGAAUACAUCAAUGCCUGCCUCAAGUUUUCUGCAGACUUACAUCUAAGUCACACAGAAAUAGAUGACAUGAUACGGAAGUCUGCCAACCAACUGUUGACGAAAACACUAGGUGGCUGUCUGUCUAAUCUUAUCAGGAAACCUAAUCUCAGCUUGUUACAGCUUAUUCAAAUAUCCAUAAACAUGAACUACUUGGAAAAGUCCUGUGAAUAUUUUGAAGAAUAUAUAUCCAGUAUUACAGGGGCUGAAAAAGACAGUGUUCAUAUAGCAAGACUUCAUGGCUCCUCUAUGUUUAAGGAUGCACGUGGCGAAGCAGAACAACAGAUUUAUCAACAGCUGAACCUUAAGAUUGAUGAGUUUUUGGAUCUUGCUUCCUAUGACUGGACAAUCUCAGAGUCCAAAGGUCAGGCCAGCAGUUACCUCAUGGACCUUGUAGCAUUCUUACAGAGCACAUUUAUGUCUUUCACUAAUUUGCCAGUAUUUCAUUUCCACUGGAAAAAAUAUGUUGAAAAAGUAGCCAAAACUGCAUGUAUGUCAGCCUGCCAGCACAUUGCCUCUCGCCUGAUGGCAUUGUUGGUAGAUAAUGACAUUCGUCAGAUGACCAUGGGAGCACUUCAGCAGUUUAACCUAGAUGUCAUGCAAUGUGAACAUUUUGCUGCAUCUGAGCCAGUGCCUGAUUCAAAUGAUGGAACUCUACAAAUGGCUUUCACAGAUCUGAGACAGCUGUUAGAUCUUUUUAUCAACUGGGAUUGGUCUGUCUACUUAGCUGAUUUUGGCAAACAACAGUCUCGCUACUUGCGUGUACCCAGGCACACAGCCAUUAGUUUAUUGGAAAAGUUAAAUAAUGGAGAUAAAAAGAAAAAUAAUUUGUUUGCAUCAUUAAAAAAGAAUGAACGAGAUAAGAAAAAGUUGAUAGAAACGGUUUUAAAACAACUUAAAAUAUUGGAAAAUGGAGCAGCUUAAUUUUGUUUAAAGAAUCAAAUCCUUAAUUAACAAUCUUGAUUGCGAUAUGCACAAGUUAUGUAAAAUACUCCAGCAGCCAUCUUUAUAAUCAACUGUUUGGUCUAGCAAAGAUGCUGCUGAUGUAGCAUUUAAGAAAAUAUGGAUCAGCCUUGUGGUAUAAUGGUCUAAAUGACUGUUCAACUCAACAAGCAUAAAAAAUUACCUUGAUUUGUACUGGUUAUGUAAACAGCACAAGCCAAACAACAGUUAUGUAAAGUAUUAUUUACAUAUUAAACAUUUCCAUAAUUUAAAUAUAAAAUGUCAUUUCCUGUUUAGUCGAUCACUGUAUAGGUGCUGGAAAUGCUCUUAAUAAACUUAUUUGCUAGACAUUAGUUUUCUGUGAUAGAGUUUUGCUGGGCAAUAGAAAUCUAGUCUGAAAAUACAAUUACUGACUGCCUUGGUUGGAGAUAGCUUCUUUUAAUACAUAGACGCCUUAUAAUAACUUAUAUACCCCAACCCUAACACUGAAACUAGUAGUCUCCCUGACACACAUUGUAACCUCCAACCAGUAGCCUACCUGUCAUAUACUCAAAUCUGCAAACCAUUCCCAAUAAUACAAAUAUCUCCUCCCUUCCCCCCAACAUGUUAGUCUACACUUGCUGGGGUUUGGGCCAGUUACAAUAGAAAAUGACAUAAUGCUAUUUUACUAUGAGUGUAUUUUAAACUUGUUUUAUUUAAUAGUUACCUUGUAUUAUAUGUUGGCUACUAUGUAUGUCAAAUUGUCUUUCACUGCUUGCUGUAGAACCACUAUGUGUUUGCCAGUUAUGGCUGUAUCUGCUGUUUUUUUUAUAUGGAAUAAUGUAAAAUAAACAAUUGUACAUAUGA